AUGUCUUCUCUAACCGCUCUGAGAGCGGUAGAACCUCUUCUCUUGUACGCCUCAGCGGCCGCGCUCAUUUUCUGGGGUUUCUACAUCCCGACCCGUCGUCGAUAUGCUCUCGUAUUACCCGUUUGGGCGCUGCUCGGGCUCUCCAUCCAGGGCAUCGACCUACUGGACUGGGUGCCGGGCCUCAGCUACCAGUUCGGCAUGCUCCUGGUUCUCACGUUCCUCGGCUGCCCGCUCGUAUUUGGCGUGCGCGAGGACUCUCUCCGCGUCGAGGUCGCAGCCGACGGGAGCCGGAACUGGAACCUCACGACAGCCUACAAGCUAUUCAACAACCCGCGGUGGCUGCCUACGAAACUAGAAAGGCCGCCGAAAAGCGCACGCGCAACGAACAGCGCUCUCAGCAGGUUCGUCGCGUAUCGGCUCCUGAAAAUCGCUGUUUUGGUCGGGCUCAAGACGGGUCUCAACAUGGUUAUGGUCCUGAUCUUCGCGAAAUGCACAUUGUACGACUUCUCACCGGCCCGCGAGCCCAUCAUCCGUCGGCUAUUUUACGAAUCCGUGACGUUCCACGACCUGGUGGUGCGAGCAUUUGUAUCGACGAUCUGGAUAUUCGACUCUAUGUCACAGUUGGAAAUCGGCCACGCGUUGAUGGGCAUCCUGUUCGCCGCGAUCGCCCGCCUCGACGAGCCGCAUGAGUGGCCGCCGCUCUUCGGGAACCCGCUCGAGGCAUACAGUCUCAAGCGCUUCUGGGGGAAGGUCUGGCACAGGCUCUUCGCAUCCGCGGGGAUGUGGGCGAGAGCCCUCACCGACAGCGUCUUGUUCUCGUGGGCACCGCCGAUGGUGAAGAAAGCCGUCGUGGCCUUUUUCAUCUUCACGGUGUCAGGGCUGGCACAUGCUAUAGUCGGGUGGAAAACGGGCGACUCUGCUUUGGAUCGGGACAUCUUCUUCUUUUGGGGUAACUUUCUCGGGAUAUGCGUUGAGAUGGUGGUUUCUAGAUGCAUCCCGAGCUUGCCACCAUCAUACAUGAUAUUACAACGGACGGGAAUCAGCGUUGCGACGGUGGAGGUGUUGAGAAGGUUGCUCGGAUUUCUAUGGGUCUCGUCAUUUUUCAUGUGGCUAACACCAAGGCUUGUGUAUCCCAAAAUAUAUCAGUUGUUGGUUUCAAUGAUAGGACAGAAAUUCUAG